GUCAAGAGUCCAACUGCUGGCAAGACGAGAUAGACAUCGACUGACUACUAGUUUAGGUGGUAAUAAACCCCGCCACUCUCAAGGAACGCAAACUCCCCUAUCGGACCACCGGGUGCUUGAAACGAACGUCCCCUCCUUCUCGGAAGCGCCACAUUUGCACCGACAGGAGAGCCAACAAACAUGUCUUCCAUGGACCUGGAAAAGUUGAAGAUGACGGGGGCAGGCCGGGCAAUAGCGGUGCUCACCAGCGGAGGGGACGCACAAGGGAUGAAUGCUGCUGUGCGAGCUGUGACCAGAAUGGGCAUCUAUGUUGGUGCCAAGGUCUACUUGAUAUAUGAGGGCUACCAGGGGCUUGUGGAUGGGGGCGAUCACAUCAAACUGGCACACUGGCAGAGUGUGACCAACAUCAUCCAGCUGGGCGGGACGGUUAUUGGCAGCGCGCGAUGCAAGGUGUUCACGACCCGCCAAGGGAGGCUGGCGGCCGCCUUCAACCUGGUCAAACGUGGCAUCACCAACCUUUGCGUGUGCGGCGGCGACGGCAGCCUCACCGGCGCCAACAUCUUUCGCAGCGAGUGGAGCAGCCUGCUGGAUGAGCUCAUCCAGAGUGGGAAGAUCACGGAUACGCUGGCGAAGCAGCACAGCCACCUCAACAUUGUGGGCCUGGUGGGGUCUAUAGACAACGACUUCUGCGGAACUGACAUGACCAUCGGAGCGGACUCUGCCUUGCACCGCAUCAUGGAGAUCAUUGAUGCUAUCAUGACUACUGCUCAAAGCCACCAGCGCACGUUCGUCCUGGAGGUCAUGGGGCGUCACUGCGGCUAUCUAGCCUUGGUGUCUGCGCUGGCAUCCGGUGCUGAUUGGCUCUUCAUCCCAGAGGCUCCUCCAAAGGACGAUUGGGAGGAUCGCAUGUGCGACCGUCUCGAGGCGAGUCGUAUCAAAGGCUCCAGACUCAACAUUAUAAUUGUCGCAGAAGGUGCUAUCGACAUGCACGGCAAGCCCAUCUCCUCCACUUAUCUGAGAGAUCUGGUGGUGAAGCGGUUGGGCUACGACACCAGAGUCACUGUACUCGGACAUGUUCAGCGAGGAGGAACGCCCUCGGCGUUCGACAGGAUACUGAGCAGCAAGUUAGGCGUGGAGGCGGUCAUCGCUCUGAUGGAGGCGUCUCCUGACACCCCGGCCUGCGUCAUCGGCCUGUCGGGCAACCAGGCUGUCCGUCUGCCUCUCAUGGAGUGUGUGGAGAUGACAAAGUUGGUGCAGACGGCCAUGAAUGAGAAGAGGUUUGAUGAGGCUGUUAAACUGCGCGGAGGGAGUUUUGAGAACAACUGGAACAUCUAUAAGCUUCUUGCCUUCCAGAAGCCUGCCCAGUCAAAGAGCAACUUCUCCCUGGCCAUCCUGAACGUGGGCGCCCCGGCAGCGGGCAUGAACGCGGCCGUGAGGUCGGCCGUGAGGUUGGCCAUCGCCCACGGACACAAGGUCUACGCCGUGCACAACGGCUUCCAGGGCUUUGCCAAUGGCGAUGUGUUUGAGAUGGAGUGGCACAAUGUAGCGGGAUGGACGGGCCAAGGAGGCUCGCUGUUGGGUACGAAAAGAACCCUUCCCAGCAAACACAUGGAGAAGAUUGUGGAGAACAUGGCCAAGUUCAGCAUCUCCGCUCUGCUGGUCAUCGGAGGGUUUGAGGCCUACAGAGGCGUGCUGGAGCUCUUUGAGGCGCGAGGGCUCUACGACGAGCUGUGCAUCCCCAUGUGUGUGAUUCCCGCUACCAUCAGCAACAACGUCCCCGGAACCGACUUCAGUCUGGGGGCCGACACCGCCGUCAACGCCGCCAUGGAGGGCUGCGACAAGAUAAAGCAGUCUGCUACGGGGACAAAGAGGCGCGUGUUUGUGGUGGAAACAAUGGGGGGCUACUGCGGUUACCUAGCGACGAGCACCGGCAUCGCCGUGGGCGCCGACGCAGCCUACAUCUUCGAGGACCCUUUUAACAUCCACGACCUGAAGACCAAUGUGGAGCAUCUCACGGAGAAGAUGAAGAAGGACAUCCAGCGGGGCCUCGUUUUGAGGAAUGAAAAAUGCCACGAGCACUACACUACAGAUUUCCUGCACAAACUGUAUUCCGCUGAGGGGAAGGGCAUUUUUGACUGUCGGGUCAACGUGUUGGGACACCUCCAGCAGGGAGGGUCGCCAUCUCCCUUUGACAGAAAUUAUGGCACCAAGCUGGGAGUGAAGGCCAUCCAGUGGAUAAGUGAGAAGCUGACAGAAAACUACCGACAAGGUCGCGUGUUCACCAACUCUGCGGACACGGCGUGCGUGCUGGGCCUCCAGAGGAAGGUGGUCUCGUUCAGCCCCCUCACCGAACUCAAGGAUGCCACCGACUUUGAGCACCGCAUGCCCAAAGUCCAGUGGUGGUUCAACCUGCGGCCCAUGCUGAAAAUGUUGGCCAAGUACCAGACAAGCUUCUGCGAGUACAUCCCGGGAGAGAUCGAACACGUGACCCGUCGCUCUCUCAGUAUCGACUCAGGCUUCUAGCCGUUUCCCGACUGCGCUUUUUUUUUUUUUUUUUUAAACCCCAAUCGGCCCCUCUUUCCGUGACAUUUCUACAUGCCUGCUGACUUAUGUUUUUAAAUCAGAACUGUUUUAGCAACUAGAUCUACGAGGGUUAAGGACAUCUUACCUGCUGUUAUUUAUUGAAUUGGGCAGUGAGUACAAAACAGGUUUUAUUUCAGUGUAACCGCCAAGGUCAAACACAAUUCAGGGACCCGGAUCAAAGAAAAUAGAAUGAAUCUGUUCCUGGGUCAAGCUGUCACCAUUAUAAAGCCUUUAUUAACAGUACAAUGUUUUGAGUUAUAUUUUAACUAUAUAUAUUCUUAACUCAUAAAAAUGUAAAAAGAACUUAACCGCCUUUAUAAGGCCAUCUGAUUGUGUAGCUCUUUUCAUCUGUGGUACAGUCUGGACUGCUAAUCACAGCAUGACACGUAGGAGGAAUUUGAAUGUGGAGGAGAAUAGGCCGUAUACAAGACAGAUGCCCUGCGGUUAAGUGGCGACCAGUCCAGGGUGUACACCACCUUUCACCCAAAGUCAGCUGGGGUCGCCCGCCAUCCUAAUGAGGGCAAGCGCGGCAGAGAAUAGAUAGAUGGAUGGCUGGAUGAAUGAAUGUUAAGAUUCCACUGUUCUUUAUUCCAAAGUGCAGCCAAAGCUUUACCUUGUCAAGAGAUGAGUUAACUUUGUAUUAUUACUACUGAAUCAAUCAUGAACUGGAACCAAAAGAUAUUCCGAUGCAUGUUGUCGCCUUGUCCCGUCAUUUUACACUAAAAUGUUAUGGACUUGAAUAAAUAUUUACACACUGAAAAGAAGAGAAACAUUCA